AGCCUUUAUUUUGGUAGGAGCACAUGGCAGCGAGACCUCAUCCGUGUGAGGACGUCGGCGAGCAGUCACAGGUGGAGUUAGUGUUGACGCUUGGUAGUGUUAUUUAGAACUAUCCGCUCAAAUUUAGUUCGGGACUUGCUUGUUUGUGCAAAUAGUCAACAGGUGGACACGGCGAACCCUAACUCUGAAAGGUAGCGCUAAUCUAGGUUCUCAAGCGUGUGUGCCAGCCUGAUCAAUGGCACUGACUGUAAGCCUGAUCGGUCCAUCGCCAUGGGGCUUCAGAAUAGUUGGAGGAAGGGACUUCAAAAAGGCCAUAACAGUAUCUAAGGUCAACGGAGGCAGCAAAGCAGAUAAAGCAGCUCUCCAACCAGGUGAUGUCAUCUUGGCCAUCAAUGGGGAAAAUACUGCUGACAUGCUAAAUGCAGAGGCCCAGAACAAAAUCAAGAACUCCAAGAACCAGCUGGAUCUGAUGGUGGAGAGGAUUGAAAUUUCUAGCCCUCGGCAGACAAAUGGCAUCACCACCCCAGAACAACUUACUGGGCGUUUUCAGGAAGCAGUUAUAGGAAGUCGAGAUGAAAACCAGAACUACAGAGAGUACAGCAUAUCCAGCCCUGCAUCUCUGUCACCUGUGCCGUAUUCACCACUACCGCCUGCCAGUCCUGAUGGAAAGACCAACACCAACAAGAGUGUCCAGAUGCGCUCAUGGUCGCCAGAGGAGAAGAGUUACAGGAUGUCACGGCCACUUUCACAGGAGUUCUCUCCUUCAGACUACAGAAAUAGUUCUUUGUCCAGCAGAACCCCGACCCCACCGGGACACUACUCACCUCAUAGCUACAUUGAUCAGGAUGUUCCCAUGUCCCCUCAUCGCAGUUCAAGCUCUGAACCAGUCAUGCAGAAGUUUGACAAGGACUCCGAGGUAUACAAAAUGAUCCAGGAGAACAAGGAGUCUCGCACAGCACCUCGUCAGUCCAACACCUUCAAAAUGCUGCAAGAAGUUCUGGAGGCCGACGAGAAAGAGGCAGCAAUGAAAUUCCCGGGAAAGUUAUCACCCAACGUUCCGAAACCAAGUGCACCAGUGGGAGGAGUCAGCAAAUACCACAUCUGUGAGAAGUGCGGCACUAGCAUCGUCACACAAGCCGUGCGCAUCGUUGACGACAGAUUCCGCCACCCCGAGUGCUACACGUGCAGUGACUGUGGCCUCAACCUCCGAAUGAGGGGUCACUUCUGGGUGGGCGACGUGAUGUACUGUGAGAAACACGCCAAGCAGCGGUACCAAGGUCCGACUGGCUCGCCGCGAUCCAGCCUGUCACCUCGCCACUGAGUCUGCACCAAUAUCCGCAUCCUUGGGCCCGUGUACAGACAAUGGGAAUGUGGGAAGGGAUCAACAACAUGGCAGGUUUUUCCUUUCUCAUCAUAUUUAACAGUGUUCGGCAAUACUAUUAUCCUUCACUUAGCUUUCUCUUAUGACAAGUUGGGGAAGUUUUCCAUGUGAUCCACGUUAACUGUCGUAAGCGUUAGAAAUACACCUAUGAAUCCAUAUACUUUACACUUAGGCCACAUUUCCAAACGUACAAAAAACUCAAAAGAAUUCCAGAUCUCUUAUGACUCUCCAACAUCUGGAUAAUCAUUCAUAAAACAAUAGUUUGUUAGUAUAAAGGGACCAAAUCUGACCUACACUGCUUUCCAUGCCAUGUGCGUGUGUGUGCUUGCACGUUGUGCGUGUGUCUUUGUGUGCGGGGUGAAUGAGAAGGUGAAGAAAAAAAAAAGUGCUACAAUUACUUUUGCAGACGAGUUAUUUUUCACACUAGGCCAGCAAAAUUUUCUAUAUCUCUUCGUGAACACAAUUUAAUAGGAGACGAAAAUAUGUAUUUGCUGACUUUUUUUUUUUCUUUAUUUGCUGUUGUGUUGCUUAUGAGGGAUUAUUAUUUCAAUAUACAAAGAUUUUUGAUGUUUGUUUGAUUGAGCUGUAUUCCAUAAUAUAUAUAUUUACCAUAUACAAUGCAUAAUGUAUGCACAGGACAUUGAGUUUGAAAAUGAUACUGUAUUUGCCCACUUACAGCAGUUGUCUGCAUGUGGCACUUAAUAAAUUGCACAACUUGAA